CAUGCGCGCGGCACUGUGCCUGUUUCGGGAACUGGCAGCUGUGGGGCCUUAAUGGGGGUUCUCGAUCAUUUUCGGGUUCGGUUGUUUGCAGGAGUCGGAGGGGCUGGUUUGCUUCUGUUGCUGAUAGUCGUGUAUAGAGUCGGGUCUGAAUUGGAGUUAGCAAGAGGACAGAACCGCAUGCAAACUGCCUUGAAGCCUUUGACAAGGGUGUUAAAUCAGUGGACUACUUAUUCAUUGUGGCAGAUACAGAAACCACUCUACAAGCUUGAUCUAAGUUGGCCAAAGUUUCCAGAAGAACUAAUCGGUCAAACAUAUUGUGUUGCUGUUGAUCAUACCCAGGGAUUAGUCUAUGUGGGACAGAGAGGUAAUGAUGAUGUGCCAAAGGUCUCUGUAUACUCUGAGGAAGGCUAUCUUGUACAAACGUGGAAGACAACCACCAUUGAGAUGCCCCAUGGAAUCUUUGCACUGAGCACAUCCAAUGCAAGCUCUGUGUGGAUCACGGAUGUAGGAAAUGGGAAAUAUGGCCACUCGGUGAAACAAUACAGCCCUUCAGGUGAGCUCCUUCAAGUCAUAGGCACUCCAGGUACAGCAGGUUCCGGUACAAAUCCUCUACAGUUUGACCAGCCAGCAGAGGUUUUUGUUGAAUCAACGGGAGACAUCUACAUUGUGGAUGGUGAUGGAGGAUUAAAUAACCGCUUGCUCAAAUUGACAGAAGACUCAAAGAUUCUAUGGUUGCGUGGAGAAAAUGGUACUGCUCCUACACAGUUCAGGAUUCCACACAGCGUAACAGUGGAUUCGGUUGGACGGGUCUGGGUUGCAGAUAGAGCCAACUGGAGAAUCCAAGUCUUUGAAAAAAGCACUGGGCAGUGGUUAGGGUCUUGGGAUAGCUGCUUCACAGAAGAUGGCCCUUACUCUGUCAGAUUUACUCCUGAUCAGCAGUAUAUAAUUGUGGCCCACCUAAAUAUUAAUAGGAUUUCUAUUUUGGCAGCCCCACCAGUAGGAUUAAUUGGGGAUUGUAUUGUGGUGGACACAAUCCAGCUUGCAAGAGAAGUUAGGCCUCAUCUUCUGGACAUCAGCAUGAGUACAGGAGCCAUUUAUGUGGCAGAAAUUGGAGCUGAACAAGUACAGAAAUAUGUGCCUUUAGACUGACUAAUGGCGUCUUUUGUGCUGUACGAAAGUGCGGAAUCUCUCCUGUCACAGCCAGAUGCGGUGGGAUGUGGCUAUCAUACUUGCCCAUUCCUGUGUGGCUGGGGGGCCACAGGAGCAGAGAGAGCUGGCUGAGGGAUUCUGCUCUACUGGAUUGCCUGCUCUCUCCAGCUGCAUAAUACUUGAAGUAACUAGUCCUUCAUUCUAUGCAUUUGUCUCAGGGACUGGUUUGUCUUUCGUUAUUUUAGCCAAGGUUUAUGGACUGUUUAAUCGGUUUUGCAUAUAAGUUAUUUCUCUUGUAAUACAAUUCCAAGAGUUAAUCUGUUCAUUCCUUUAAAAUAAUCAGAAUUAUUUGUUGGCAGUGGUUUUAUCUCCAGCCUUAAAUUUGUUUAUAGUCAAUGGGAGACAACUGUAAUAAAAAACAUCUGUUUUUCUGU